AAAACCGAAUACUGUGGCAUUAUAGUAUUACAUUAAUCCCAAUGUUCUCCUUUCACCAUUACUUAUUUGUGUAUAGACAUAAAACAGCUGGUACAUAAUACAAAUAUGACAUAAGGCAUAAGGUAUCGGUGUUAAUGAUGUAUUAUUAAAACCAAAGAGUAGGGAUACUCUUUGGUUAAAACUAUGCGAUGCAUCAUAUGGAAACAAAAUAUAAGUAAACUAGGACAUUCUAAGCUGGUAGUACUUAUUUUACUGAUUAAAACUGGUGUUUAUAUUGCGCAUUGUAUAUGAUAAUUUAACCAAUCAAAUAUGACAUUUUAUUUUUAUUUUUACUGAUCGCGUACAGCUCGUAUAUACAUAUAUAUAUAUAUAUACAUAUCUGUACAUACAUAUAUAGAUCCCACCAUUGGUUAGACAAAAAGAAGAGGUUCAAGUCCAAUGUUGCUCGAGUUUGCAUACUGAUGCGAUGUAAAGACAGUUAUGUAAAGUGUAAAGAAGUGUAACUCGUAAACGUUUACAUGAUAUGGACGUAUAAUGACAGUAUAGGAAACUGCAAAAAUGUAUUGUGCAUUAGGAAGAUGUUUUUGUAGGAAAAAUGCAGUAAGAGCUUUAAGUACGGGUGAAAUAUCCACUGCACUGCGACCUUUUUAUUUUACCGUUCACCCCGAUCUUUUUGGACAAUAUCCCACGCAAAGAACAGUAAAUGAAAAUUCUUUAAAACAACUAAGUUCUAUUAUAGAAAGUUUACAACAGCAAAGACCAAUAAGACCUACCACUUUACCAUUUUAUUUACGCUCAAAAAAUGAAAAGGAACUCAAGUCUGGAAAAUUUACUUUGGUACAGAUACAGUUGAAAGAAAAGGAUUUAAGACAAACUAUACUUUCUAUCUUGAAGACAUGUGAUUUGCCAACAACGUUUGUAGAUCAAAUUGAAGAACAAAAGCCACCAGAUAGUACAAAGUACAAGUCAAGAUAUUGGCAAAGAAAAGGAGCUGGGGAAGAUAUAGAUUUCUCAGAACUAGAAGAUGAUCCUAUUUAUGCAUCUAUUUUAAUGAAAAGAAAAAUUAAUUCAGAACCUGAUACUCUUAAGGCAUAUUUAGAUAAACACAUUAAUGAAGUACAUGUGAAGUUAGAAGCAUGUAGACCAAUGAGAGAAGAAGUACAAAAGUUAGAAAAGAUAUUAUGUUCUGAAUUAGGUUUGAAAAAUAUUAUAUGGGACUGUGGAUGGAAUAUAGCUCAUUACAGGGGAUGUUUAUUAGCUUUUAAAGCAUUAGCUGAACAUCAUCCUGAACCAAUGGAAGUACUCAAAAAUAGAACACUUGUCUUUGCUAAUGAUACUGGCAUAAGUGUAGAGGGAAAUGUUAUGUUAAAUUCAGGUGAAGUUAGACACAAUUGGCUUGAUUUAAUCAAGAACAUUCAGAAGUAUGAUGUGGUAUUAUUUAGAUUACCAGCUUUCGAAAAGGCAGUUUCACAAGUGCUUCUUGACAUUAAAGUUGGUCGACGGGUACUCUAUAUGUGCAGGAAAUUCAUGCCAAAAGUAAUGGUUAGCCAGUAUGAACGUCAACUUCGACAACUUACAACAACCCUCUCGGAUUAUCGAGGACGACGAAAUUAUCCGAAAAUGUGGCCAGCCGAUUUAUCUACUUAUGAAAUCGUAAUUGAAGCUGAAGCAGGACCUUUAAUGCUCUCUCCUACUGGACAGUUUAUAGUUCCAUCUUCAUGUCCAAGUUUCCUUUUAGUAAACUUUAUUACUGAUAAUUUAGAAGAAGCCACUAAAAGAUUACAUCAUUACAAUAACAUAAAAUAUGUAGAACGUGAACUACAUGACAAAACAGUCCAGGAAUUGGGGUUGACUGUUUUAAAUAAGGAUGACAGUAUAACUCCUGAUUUGAUGAUACAAUGCUGUGAACGCCUAUUAUUGCAUAAAAGCAUUCUAGCUCCUUUAUUGAAAGGUGUUAUGCUUUGGGUGACACAUUAUUACUCUGUUAUGAGUGAUGGUGUAUUAUGUAUUCCAUGGGACUGGAAACUUUGAGUUUCAGUGUAAAAUAUUUUCUAAUGUCUUCUUGCUAUUUUUAACAUCGUACCGAUUAAUAGAACAAUGACAAAAAACUGAUUAAUUGUUAAUAAUUAUUAUAUAGGUUAUACGUGUGAUAAAAGAUUUACAUAGAUUACAUAGAUUAGUUAGAUUUACAUAGGUUAAAAAACUAACUUAGGGAAUUGCACAAAGCAAAUAACUUUUGCAUUAUGCUUUGUAAAAUACAAUUAGCAAUGCAAAUAAUUCAUUGUACCUUAUAAGCUAUAUUCGCAUGUUAAAUGUAAUUAUUAUGUAACUAAUGUUAAUACAUUGUACAUGAAUUUUUGAAUUUGAGUAAAUAUAAAAAA